AUGAACGCCGACGCAAACCUGACGGAUUUUCAGUGCGAGUAUCCAUCGAUUGAUCUCACUUUUCAAAUUAAGCUUUUACUUGCAUUCGCUUAUGGAUCGGUUGGAGCUCUUAGCUUGGUUGGAAAUCUAGCUGUAUUGCUCAUCGUUGUCUGCCGACGAGAGAUGCAAACCGUAACCAAUAUCUUCAUCAGCAGUGUCUCUGCAGCAGACUUGGUCAUCACUAGUUUCUCACUAUGGGCCACGCCAAUGGCUUACUAUCAACGUGUAUGGUACUUUGGAAAGUACAUGUGCUAUAUGGUAUCUAUUAUCCAAGGUCUAUCCCUUAUGUGGGUCCCAUUGACCCUUGCAGCUGUUGCAUUGGAUCGCUACUGUUUAGUAGCAUCUCCGUUCCGGCAGCCAAUGUCUAAAAAGACAUGUCUACUGAUAAUUGCUGGAAUCUGGCUGGGCGGUUUUGCCGUUCUCUCUCCAAUGAUCAGAAUGGUGGAUUUUGUUGACAGCUAUGGACCAUGCCAUUUCUGCUUGGAAUCUUGGGACCAUGACAAACAACACUACCGCCUAUUCUACGGAUUAUCAGUGCUUGUCAUCCGCUCCGCCAUUCCACUAAUUUUAAUCUCAAUUUGCCAUUGGAGAAUCGCCCACAUUCUGAACACCCAGACAAAGAAAUUUCAAACGCUUCGUAGUGCCAGCACGGCAACUCAAUCAACCGACAUCCGCCGUAAGCAACGUCUGCAGACCCUCCUCCUCGCCAUGGUUGUCAUUUUCGCCGUGUCCAGUCUCCCAUUAGACCUUUCAAAUGUUUUGCAAGACUUGAUCUUCGUGUAUCAGGUCCGACCGGUUCCGGACAACGUGCGCCACUUUAUCUUCUUCUUCUGUCACUGGCUCGCCAUGGCUGGAACUUUGCUCAACCCACUGGUCUACGCAUACUAUAAUGAAAAUUUUAGGCGCCAAUUCCAAUCUUUCCACACGUGUUUCGGCGGUAUCAGAGGACAAGGAGAAUUCAAACGAGGGCUCUAUUCGAUUGUGUCCGGGAGAUAUUCAUACAGAGCAGACGACGAAGCCAACCAUACCAACCAACCAGAUUGUCAAAGACAACAAACAACUCGGAUUGAGUUGGCCAAUAAUGCUGAAAUCGAAGUUCUUCGCACUGAUCUCUAA